CCCAUCGAACCACCUCCUACCAUUAUAUCAUAAAUCAUAAAUUGUAGAUUGUGAAUACUUCCAAUAUUACUUAUACCUCUGAUAGAUCUCUUUACAUUCCAGAACCAGCAUCGUCCCUCUCUACCGGCCGUCUUUUUUUACUCUUCAGCGACAAUGGAGAAUAUUAAUGAAGAUGAGAAUCUGGCCAACAUGUUACGCGGGGACCUCUACUACGCAUUUACCCCUCGUCUCACGGCAUCACGGAUGCGCUGCCACCACGCCUGCGACCGCUUCAACAGUGCUGGGGAGGUUGACCGACGCCGCUUGGUAGAGCUGUGGAGAGAUAUCCUUGGCGACAAAACCCCCCUCCCCGCCAAAGCACCCACGCAAGAGGAGGAUGAUAAGCUCUUCAACGACGAUGCAUGGGUAGACGGUCCCAUCAAAGUCGACUAUGGCACCAAUACGAAGAUUGGAAAGGGCGUCUACAUUAACUUCAACUGCACCUUCCUGGACACGUGCACUAUCACCAUCGGAGCACGCACUCUCAUUGGACCAAACUGCUCCUUCUUCGCUGCGUCCCAUCCGUUAGAUCCGUUUCUGCGGAAUGGAACGCAAGGCCCGGAGUUGGGGGCGCCGAUUACUGUUGGGGAAGACUGCUGGUUCGGAGGUAAUGUGACGGUGCUUGGCGGUAUCACUAUUGGUAGGGGGGUCACCAUCGGCGCUGGGAGCGUGGUCACUAAAGAUGUUCCUGACUUCGUUGUCGUUGCGGGGAAUCCGGCGAGGGUUCUUAAGAAGAUCGAAGUCAAGGCUCCGGAUCCAAGGUUGGCAAACACCGAGGAGGCGGAAGCGGCGAGUAGCUGAGAUGUAGUCGAGUUUGAGGAGUAUAGAUAGAUCAUAGGGCGCCUUGAAAAGAGAAGGCCGAUAGAAUCAAGACCAAGACAUUGAUCAGAG